AUGGUCAACACUGCUGUCAUCCUGGCCUUGGCCAGCACCGCUGCCGCCGUCGCCGUUAAGCGAGACGUAACCACCGGCGCAUGGUCCGACUGGAACACGACCACUACUACUACCACCACCACGACCACCACGACCACCACUCCUGGCUGGGCUGACUGGACUACCACCACUUCAACCACCACCAAGGCCACCACCACCACCACUACUCCUGGCUGGGCUGACUGGACUACCACCACUUCCACCACCAAGAAGGCCACGACCACUACCACCACUCCUGGCUGGGCUGACUGGACUACCACCACCACCAAGAAGCCAGCUGCCACUACCACCACCACCGUGCCUGUCUGGGGUGACUGGACCACUACCACCACCAAGAAGCCAGCUGCUACCACUACCACUACUGUUCCAGUCUGGGGUGACUGGACCACCACCACCACCAAGAAGCCCGCUGCGGUCACCACCACUACUGUUCCGGUCUGGGGCGACUGGACCACCGCCGGCACCACCACCACCCCCAAGAAGCCCGCCCCGGUCGUCAGCUCCACCACCGUGCCAGUUGUCUGGAGUGACUGGACCCCUGCUUCCUCGCCUGCUCCUCCUGCUCCUCCUGCCCCUGUCAGCUCUUCCGCCUGGGUUGAGUGGUCCAGCGCAGCUCCUGCUCCCGUUGUCUCUACCACUCCCGCCCCUGCUUCUCCUGCACCAGUCACCACCACCACCCCGGUUCUGGUCAGCAGCUGGGCCCCAACGACUCCUGCUCCAGCCACCUACACCGGUGCUGCCAGCAGCAACAACAAGCCCGCCGUCGCCCUCCUCGGUGGUCUCGUUGCUCUCGUUGCCCUCGCAUAA